AUGAGUUAUCCAGCCAAAAUACUCUUGAUCAAGUUGGUAAAGCAACAUGAAGAACUCUGGAAUUCGAGAUCGCCUCAUUACUCACGAGCAGACAUCAAAAAGCAGGCUUGGGAAGAAAUUUCUGCAAGAAUGGCAGCAAACGGCUUCGAGUCUGUCGAAGUCGAAUACGGACGUGGAGGAUUGAUAUACUGCAGUCAUAAUGAUGAUAAUGAUGACGAUUCACCGGAUAUGUGCAAAGCGCCCAAUGAUUCCUUAUAUAGCGUUGAACCGGACGUUUACGAUAGCCUGGAAAAAGACUAUGCUACAGAAGGAAGCUUACUUCUUGGUAGCUAUCACCAAAACAAUUCAUCGGCACCAAACGUCGAGCCAAAAAUAGAAAAGCAAGAUGAUGGGCUUGUUUGCGGUGAAACCUUGCUGACUGUCAUGGAAGAGCAAGUGAAUGGAGGAGGAUCGUCUAGUCAUCUAGUAAACCCGGCGAGACCAACUACUUCCUCUCCGGACUCCGGACGGCGCGUGAAACGCUCACGAAAGGAGAUGAUAAGCGAAGUCCCCACUGACUCAAAGAUCCAGGAAGAUUCCAGUUCAAAUGUGCAGUUGUCACCACCUGCGUCUUCGAAAGAGCCGGAUAAUGGUGUCAGUCAGCAGACUGAAAACAAGUCAGAAAGUAAAGGAGACAAAUUUGAUAAAUAUGCUGCCUUUGUCGCGUCAACGUUGAGAGAAAUGCCCGAAGCUGAAGCCAGAAGGCGCAUGAAAGAGAUGACUUUGCUUCUUCUAGAGGGCUUGGACUGACAUAUCAACUCAUGGAACCUAUCUUUUUGUCUCAUAUCAUUACCGGUGAUUUGUGUGUGUGAAUAUUUCUGUUCUAGCAUCCAGU